UGGCACGGUUCCACAUUCGCUUUCUGUUUAUACUGUACUAUUCUUCUUAUUCACAGCUGGGCUGUUGCCGAUCUUUAAACUUUGUUCUCUCAUUCUUCCAAACCAAACGGAACCAACAUAUUCAUUUUUAAUACAUAUCCAUUCUUUACGAAAGCCGAAAACAGCUGGCAUAAUCAACUAUCAUGCAUUUCUCAACCACACUCACGAUCUUUCUCUCGCUCGCCGGUGCCCUAGCCGCACCAAUCAGCCUCGAUAAAAAGGCCGCAACAGCAGCAGCAGGUGUACUAAAAGUCCAGACUUACGACGAUUUCAAUGUGUCCGGCGGAGUAGCCGGCAACGCCCUCGCUGAAGUGAACGCCGCGUUCCCCGUCGACCAAACCAACCUCGCCGGCGUAGCCGCCUCCGACCUCGCCAUAAUUGCCAAAGCAGCCCAAGUCUCCGAAGAUGCAGAGACUGGCACGGGCGGCUUCAACGAUGCGAUUGCUGCGGCUGGCGGAACAGGCACCACAGCCGGGACCGCCCUCCAAAACGGGAAGAUCAAGAAUAAGGUGCUGAAGUUGCAGACGGAUGUCCUGAGGAUUCAGAUCGAGGUUGCACAGGGCAAUACGGGGAGUCAGAGUGAGCUGGCGACGCAGCAGGCCAAGUUGGCGACGAACGUUGCGUUGGAUAAGGCGGCCGCGGGACAAAGUAGUACGGCGAUUACGUUUUCGGGGAGUGAUUAAGAGAGUAAGCGGGGGAAGAGAGUGGAGUGCAGGGGAGGGGCGGAGAUGUUUGUAUAUAUUAAAAUGUG